AUGACAGUGUUGAGAAUUGACAAGGUCAAAGGUAUUCAUGAAGGACUCAUCAAGUACACCUUUGUUAAGACUUUACAGAAAUUGAAACACUGGGCGAAGGGAGGAAUCUUAGCCUCUAUCAACCCAACUGGCCAUUUAUUUUCCAUCCCAGUAACGUGCACACCCCCAGCAGCAGUUAAGGGGUACGGUUCGGCUACCUUCCUCUCGGCUGACGACGGCGAAGGCGACCUGUACAACGCGUCGGUGUCUCUGGAGGGCCGCCAACUGCUGGAGGUGGACAAACAGGAGGGCGUGCACGUGGGCGGGUCUCCUGAAUAUGUGGGCGUCAGCGUCUUCAAGAUUCAUGGCGACUAUCAUGACGGCCAGACAGUCAGUAGUUCCGUCACGUCGACACUACAGCGCGGUGUCUGGCCUGGAGCAUUUAGACCGGUAGUUCGGGCAAGCUGUUACGAGUUUAGUGCAGUGGCGCUGUGGCUGUUAUGCACCGCUGUCUCUCACCAGGCCGUCCAGAUGCUCACACUUCAACGGCGGCCGACGCUGGGAUGGAAAGGACGCGGAUUUAUGUUAAAUAAUGGGACGAAUAAAGCUUGGAACGGAAGUAACUUCCGCUGCAUCGACGACGUCCGGAUCUCGGGCAAGAGCGUCCCUCUGCCGCCCGCAGUGAACGGCACGGCGUGGGGUCAGGCGAGCAUGUUCAAGGGCGUGGACCGUGAGUGCCGUGCCCCUUCAGCGUGCACCAACGUGUCCUGCAGAGCUCCCCUCACCUGUGUCGAUACUUGGAGAAGCUACCAUUGUGGGUGCGGAGAGGGCAGAGUACUGUCUAGCACCAGGACGACGUGUGAGGAUGAGAACGAGUGUAUGUGGGAACCCUGUCUCAAUGGAGGAACUUGUCUCAAUAAGGAUUCCGCUGGUUACGUGUGUGCCUGCCCGACUGGCUUCAGCGGACAGCAUUGCCACCUGCCUGAAGUAGGAGACACUUCCCUGAAACUUUCCCUGGGGGCGUUAGUAGCCAUCGUUGUGUGGUGCACUUUCCUGCUACUGCUGAUCUGCGCCUUCCUGCUGCACCAACACCACAGACGCUCGGCCCUGCGGAGGGGCAUGGCCGACGUCAAGGAAAAUGUGAUGAACUGCAAGGAACAGGCGGCCGCACCCUGUAGCCACACGCCCAACUUACUCGAGCUCAAACUUCUCAAACCGCCCAAGGCAAACGGGCAGCCGGCGUGGUCAAAGAACCCUAACAUCGCAGACGUGGACGUCCUGCAGGUGGACGCGGCGUCGGUCACCAGCAGCGUGGAGGACCAGAAGCGAGGGGGCGCCUCCGCCGCGUCGGCAGUCCUCAAGAACGGCGAGAGCAAGGGCGGAGACGCACGCACCGCCGCCGGGAGUCAGAACGGAGGCAGCCGCGGAGGAGCCAAGAACCCUCCUGCAGGAGACGACUUGAGAAACUACGCUUACGAAGGUCUGGAGAGUUGCAGCGGCAGCGCCAAGUUCCUCGGGGGUUUCCGCGAGGUGGCGCACAUGCUGGAAUCGUGGGACCCGACCAAUUCCCAUUCCAAUUCCAACCAGACCGCUACGCCGUCGAAGACCGAGGUGGUGAAGGUGGACUCGACGCCGCCCAUCACGACCAUCCACUGCGACAUCCACGUCUCGGGUGGAACUGAGGUGGACGGCGCGCCCCCUACCGCCCCAGCUGGCUUCCCUGAACCCCUGCCGCCCCCCCUUAGCGAGGCCGUUAUCACCACCCUCAUCGCCGAAGCCAUGGACCCGCCGCCCAUACCCAUGCCCAUUCCCGACCCACCGCGUGCCUUUAAGACCAAAUUGUGACUUUCAUAACUCAAAAGAUUAAGAAAGCAUUGAUAAAAAGACAAUAAAAAGAAAAAAAGAAAAAAAAAAGGAAUAAAAAGUUAAAAGAGAAAAUUGCGAUAAUGUGUCCAGCUGAAAUAUAAUGUUGCUUGUAUUUUUUCUUUCUUUUUUUAAUGUUCAAUUUUGUUUAGUAAAAGCUGACUGUGUGCAUGUUUUGUACAGCUGUUCCUGUUCAAUGAACGAAGAGAGUGAAACAGAAGCUGAACGUCCUGGUUUUCUUUCACUUUAAAAUC